CAAGCAGCCGGUGAUGGCGGCAGCGGCGGCAGUGGCUGCGGCGGGUCCGGGCCCAUGAGGCGACGACGGAGGCGGGACGGCUUUUACCCAGCGCCGGACUUCCGAGACAGGGACGCUGAGGACAUGGCAGGAGUGUUUGACAUAGACCUGGACCAGCCAGAGGACGCGGGCUCUGAGGAUGAGCUGGAGGAGGGGGGUCAGUUAAAUGAAAGCAUGGACCAUGGGGGAGUUGGACCAUAUGAACUUGGCAUGGAGCAUUGUGAGAAAUUUGAAAUCUCAGAAACUAGUGUGAACAGAGGGCCAGAAAAAAUCAGACCAGAAUGUUUUGAGCUACUUCGAGUGCUUGGUAAAGGGGGCUAUGGAAAGGUUUUUCAAGUACGAAAAGUAACAGGAGCAAAUACUGGGAAAAUAUUUGCCAUGAAGGUGCUUAAAAAGGCAAUGAUAGUGAGAAAUGCUAAAGAUACAGCUCAUACAAAAGCAGAACGGAAUAUUCUGGAGGAAGUAAAGCAUCCCUUCAUUGUGGAUUUAAUUUAUGCCUUUCAGACCGGUGGAAAACUCUACCUCAUCCUUGAGUAUCUCAGCGGAGGAGAAUUAUUUAUGCAGUUAGAAAGAGAAGGAAUAUUUAUGGAAGACACAGCCUGCUUUUACUUGGCAGAAAUUUCCAUGGCUUUGGGGCAUUUACAUCAAAAGGGGAUCAUCUACAGAGACCUGAAGCCGGAGAAUAUCAUGCUUAAUCACCAAGGUCAUGUGAAACUAACAGAUUUUGGACUAUGCAAAGAAUCUAUUCAUGACGGAACAGUCACACACACAUUUUGUGGAACAAUAGAAUACAUGGCCCCUGAAAUCUUGAUGAGAAGUGGCCACAAUCGUGCUGUGGAUUGGUGGAGUUUGGGAGCAUUAAUGUAUGACAUGCUGACUGGAGCACCCCCGUUCACUGGGGAGAAUAGAAAGAAAACAAUUGACAAAAUACUCAAAUGUAAACUCAAUUUGCCUCCCUACCUCACACAAGAAGCCAGAGAUCUGCUUAAAAAGCUGCUGAAAAGAAAUGCUGCUUCUCGUCUUGGAGCUGGUCCUGGGGACGCUGGAGAAGUUCAGGCUCAUCCAUUCUUCAGACAUAUUAACUGGGAAGAACUGCUGGCUCGGAAGGUGGAGCCCCCCUUUAAACCUCUGUUGCAAUCUGAAGAGGAUGUGAGUCAGUUUGAUUCAAAGUUUACACGUCAGACACCUGUUGACAGCCCAGAUGACUCAACUCUCAGUGAAAGUGCCAACCAGGUCUUUCUGGGUUUUACAUAUGUGGCUCCAUCUGUACUUGAAAGCGUGAAAGAAAAGUUUUCCUUUGAACCAAAAAUCCGGUCACCUCGAAGAUUUAUUGGCAGCCCACGAACACCUGUCAGCCCAGUCAAAUUUUCUCCUGGGGAUUUCUGGGGAAGAGGUGCUUCAGCCAGCACGGCAAAUCCUCAGACGCCUGUGGAAUACCCAAUGGAAACAAGCGGAAUAGAGCAGAUGGAUGUGACGAUGAGUGGGGAAGCUUCAGCACCACUUCCAAUACGACAGCCGAACUCCGGGCCAUACAAAAAACAGGCUUUUCCCAUGAUCUCCAAACGACCAGAGCACCUGCGUAUGAAUCUAUGACAGAGCAAUGCUUUUAAUGAAUUUAAGGCAAAAAAGGUGUGGAGGGGAUGUGUGAGCAUCCUGCAAGGUGAAACAAGAAGGCUCAAAAUGACAGUCUCAAAGAGUCAGUGUCAUUACAUAGAACACUUUGGACAGAGGAAAAAUAAACAUGGAUUUUAAAAAAUCAAUCAAUGGUGCAAAAAAACUUAAGUGAAAAUAGUAUUGCGGAACUCUUAGGCACAUCAAUUAAUUGAUUCCUAGCGACAUCGUCUUAACCUAUCAAGGAUUUUCAUGUUGAUGGCUCAAAACUGACAGUAUUAAGGGUAGGAUGUUGCUUCUGAAUCAUUGUUGAGUUCUGAUUGUGUCGAAGAAGGGUUAUCCUUUCAUUAGGCGAAGUAUGAAUUUGCCUGUAAUACUUGCAACUAAGGACAAAUUAGCAUGCAAGCUUGGUCAAACUUUCCAGCAACAUGGAAUCAAAGACGAGAGAAACUUAUCAAUUGAUGUUUUACGUGCAAACAACCUGAAUCUUUUUUUUAUAUAAAUAUAUAUUUUUCAAAUAGAUUUUUGAUUCAGCUCAUUAUGGAAAACAUCCCAAACUUCAAAAUGCGAAAUUAUUGGUCGGUGUGAAGAAAGCCAGACAACUUCUGUUUCUUCUCUUGGUGAAAUAAUAAAAAUGCAAAUGAAUCAUUGUUAA